AUGGCAGAGGGGGAGUUGAAGCCCGCGGCGAUGCAGGUGGAGGCCGCCGAGGCGGCGUCCAAGCCGCGGUUCAGGAUGCCGGUGGACUCCGAUAACAAGGCCACCGAGUUCUGGAUCUUCUCCUUCGCGAGGCCGCACAUGAGCGCCUUCCACCUCUCGUGGUUCUCCUUCUUCUGCUGCUUCCUCUCCACCUUCGCGGCGCCGCCGCUGCUCCCGCUCAUCCGAGACACGCUCGGGCUCACGGCCACGGACAUCGGCAGCGCCGGGAUCGCCUCCGUGUCCGGCGCGGUCUUCGCGCGUGUCGCCAUGGGCACGGCGUGCGACCUGGUGGGGCCCCGCCUGGCGUCCGCGUCCAUCAUACUCCUCACCACGCCCGCCGUGUACUGCUUCGCCAUCAUCGACUCGCCCUCGUCCUUCCUGCUCGUGCGCUUCUUCACGGGCUUCUCGCUGGCGUCCUUCGUGUCCACGCAGUUCUGGAUGAGCUCCAUGUUCUCUUCCCCCAAGGUGGGUCUCGCCAACGGCGUCGCCGGCGGGUGGGGCAACCUCGGCGGCGGCGCCGUGCAGCUCAUCAUGCCGCUCGUGUUCGAGGCCAUCGGCAAGAUCGGGAGCACGCCGUUCACGGCGUGGCGCGUGGCCUUCUUCAUCCCGGGCCUGCUGCAGACGGUGUCGGCCAUCGCCGUGCUGGCGUUCGGCCAGGACAUGCCCGACGGAAACUACCGGAAGCUGCACAAGUCCGGCGACAUGCACAAGGACAGCUUCGGCAACGUGCUCCGCCACGCCGUCACCAACUACCGCGCCUGGAUCCUGGCGCUCACCUACGGCUACUCCUUCGGCGUGGAGCUCGCCGUGGACAACAUCAUCGCGCAGUACUUCUACGACCGCUUCGGCGUCAAGCUCAGCACCGCCGGCUUCAUCGCCGCCAGCUUCGGGAUGGCCAACAUCAUCUCCCGCCCCGGCGGCGGCCUCAUGUCGGACUGGCUCUCCAGCCGGUUCGGCAUGCGCGGCAGGCUGUGGGGCCUGUGGGUGGUGCAGACCAUCGGGGGCGUCCUGUGCGUGGUGCUCGGCGCCGUCGACUACUCCUUCGGCACGUCCGUGGCCGUCAUGAUACUCUUCUCCCUGUUCGUGCAGGCGGCCUGCGGGCUCACCUUUGGCAUCGUGCCGUUCGUCUCCCGGAGGUCGCUGGGGCUCAUCUCCGGCAUGACCGGCGGCGGCGGCAACGUGGGCGCCGUGCUCACGCAGCUCAUCUUCUUCCACGGAUCCAAGUACAAGACGGAGACGGGGAUCAAGUACAUGGGGCUCAUGAUCAUCGCGUGCACGCUGCCCAUCACGCUCAUCUACUUCCCGCAGUGGGGCGGCAUGUUCGUGGGGCCGCGGCCCGGGGCGACGGCGGAUGACUACUACAACCGGGAGUGGACAGCGCACGAGCGCGAGAAGGGGUUCAACACCGCGAGCGUACGCUUUGCGGAGAACAGCGUGCGGGAGGGGGGGCGGUCAGGCAGCCAGUCCAAGCACACUACUGUCCCAGUCGAGUCCUCGCCGGCCGACGUGUGA